ACGCACUCAUUCAUCAGUGGACAUGAACAGACACGCACUGGAACAACCACCAUGAUCCCUGGAUCAUCUUUCCAGAAGAUUUACUUGUGUACCUGAAGCUGUGAGUCAGUGCUUUAUGAAGUAAAUAUUAAAAUACUCUUUUCGAAACAACAACAACAAUGAUCUAAUGACUUAAUAAAGCCUGUGACUCCUCUGAAACAUGACCACAGUGACACAUUACACAAUGAACUCCUCCCAUUACAACCUCAUACAGUCACUAGUGGGAGGCACAUUUAAGCAAAUGCCAUACUCUCUCCACAGAGCUGCUGUACAGUCUGUCUUUUACGUUAACUGUAAGAUAUGGCAGAAGAAGACGCUGGUAUUUUUGUCAACCAGGAGCAGUUCAGCUGUCCCAUCUGUAUGGAUCUUCUGCGAGACCCCGUAACCAUUCCCUGUGGACACAACUACUGUAUGGAGUGCAUUAAGAGCUUCUGGGAGCAGAAGAACCAGAGGAAAUUGUGCAGCUGUCCAGAGUGUAGGCAAACUUUCUCCCCGAGACCUGCACUUAACAAAAACACGCUGUUUGCUGAAGUUGUUGAGAAACUGAGACAUACUGGAAUCCGGUCCCACACCAUACCUGGAGUUAAGAAUGAUGAAGACAUUGCAAAAGAAAAGCAGGACCUCGUCAUGUUCUGUGAGCAAGAGCUUAAGCAAUUACAGAGGAGAUGCCAGCAGGUCAUAAAGGAGCGCGAAACAGAGCUACAGGAUCUGAGUCACGCCGUACUCUCCCUCAGGAGCUCUGCCCAGGCAGCGGUGGAGGAUACGGAGAAGAUCUUCAGUGAGCUGAUUCAGGCAAUUGAAGCUCUGUGUUUCGAGGUGACAGAGAUGAUCAAAGCGAAGGAGCAGAAGGAAUUAGAUGAGGCGCAUGGAUUUAUGGAGAAACUAGAGCAGGAGAUCGCAGAGUUCAAGAGGAGAGAUGCUGAAUACGACACGAUUGCACGCCUUGAUGAUAAAACUCAGUUCCUCAAGAGUUAUGAAACACUGUGUAGUCUGCCAGAGUUGGUGACAUCUCCUGCAGUUCUAGUCAAUCCAGACUUCUGUUUUGAGAUGGUGUCAAGAAAACUCACAGUUCUGAGUGAAGACAUUAAGGAUCUAGGCCAGAAAAAAUUGGAGAAAUUAUCGAAAAAAGUGACAAGCCUCAAGUUUAUUCCCACCCCUGAACCGAAAGUCAGGGAGCAGUUUUUGGAAUAUUCGGGUCCCCUGACUCUAGACCUGAACACGGCUCACAGAAACCUCAGCGUCUGCUCAGAGAGUGGAGAGGUGACGUUCAUCAAAACAUCUCUGUCCGUUCCUGACCACCCAGAGAGGUUUGACAGCUAUUACCAGGUCCUGUGCAGAGAGAGCGUGUCCGGCCGUUGUUACUUCGAGGUCGAUUGGAGCGGGAAGGGUCCCGUGCACAUCGCCGUGUCCUAUGAGGACAUCAGCAGGAAAGGAAAGAGCACCCAGUGUGCAUUUGGACACAACGCCCAGUCCUGGAGUCUGGUGUUCUCUGAGGAUACCUACUCAUUCUGGCACGGUGGAAGGGAAACUAAGAUUCCCAAAAUGCAGUGGGCUCACAGGACUGGCGUUUAUGUAGAUUUCUCGGCCGGGAUUUUGGCAUUUUACAGCAUCACAGACUCAAUGAAUCUCAUCCACAGAAUUCGGACUGUGUUUGCUCAACCGCUCUAUCCUGGCUUCAGGAUUAACACUGGGUGCAGUCUGAGACUUUGUUAUCCACUUUAAUGGCACAAAAUGAGUUUAUUUAAAUGUUUUAUACUCAGAAUUUGUCCUCUGCAUUUAACACAUCCAGUUACUGCAUACAUAUUAGAAGUAGUGAGUAGUAAACACACACACACUGCAAACCGUGGACUAACACACCCAGAGCAGUGGGCAGCUUUCUUUUUUUUUUUAUGACCAGCUCGCUCUCAUGGCAUUUCAGAACUUUUGCGUUUUGGCAAAUUUGCAAAUUAAAAAUUUGCAUCUCAUUUGCACAAUUUUAAAUAAUCUGCUUACAGUUAGGAUUAGGGAGGACCUUUAUCGUUAAGAUUUUAUAUUUUUAAAAGUCACCAUGAAAUCAAAAUUGGCUAUUCUUAUUUCUAAUGGAAUAUUGCAGAUUCGUUAUAAAUAAUUUAUCCAUGCACAUAUAUAUAUAUAUAUAUAUAAUUUAUGUGCCCUUGUAAUCUAUAAUCAAAAUAACUUCCCCUCCCUCUUGCAGCAACAUCUCUUCUCUGAUGAUGUGUUUUCUGGUGCGAGGGCGAGGCAACCUGUCACUCACAUGAGAUCGACCAAUAGCAAACCACAACCAUCUAAUCAAUUCCACAUGGACAAAAUCAAGUCCCGCCCUAAUUUUUUUUUUUAAUUCGAAAAGUUGUUUCACUCUGAUAUACAAUAUUGUGCAAAAAAGGCCACCACCAGCAUUGUUGUUUUGGCAAUGGUGUAAUGACCUUCAAUAUUUAUUUUUUGGUCUCUUUAUUAAGAUACAAACAGAGAAUAAAGAAAAUAUGUACACAAAAUGUAAAAAAAAAAAAAAAGGCUUCUAAUGGUGGCCUAAGACUUUUGCAUAGUACUGUACAUCACAAUAUGAAAGAAAAGAUUAUCGCAACUUCUGUUAAUUUGUUUUUCUACGAAUCACAUCGUACGAAUUCAUACAAAAUCGUCACCUCAUUAAAUAGUUACAUUUUCUCUUGAGAUCAGGUUGUAAAUGUACACGAAUGUUAGACUUGGUUAGGGGUGCCAACUUGAAAUCUGUAAACAAAAACAUUUCUGGGACCUGGUAUAAAUCAAAUCCAACAUCAACAUUUUUUGUUUUGCUUUUGAUAUCUCUGUUAAUGUGCAUUACCUGCUUAUGGUCAUAUAUAUGGCGAUAAAUAUCAGUUUCAGUCACAUGAGCACAAUCAGCAUCUGGGACCAGAACUGAAGUGACAAAUAUUCCUAUAUUUACAAAAUGUUCAACAUGUUCUUAUUUUAGUUCUUUUGUAGUUGUUUGUAAAAUAUAUUUGCAUUUAGAUACCAGUAAAAUAUGUAACUAAGUACAAGGUCUCCUUGACAUUACAUUUACAGUGUGGGCCUGUUGAGAACAAAAAACAUAAGAAUCUAAACACAAUUUAUUUGAAAAAAAACAAAACAAAUAAACAUUCAACCCAUUUCCAUAUAUAACUGCAACAGCUUUACAUUCAUCACAGAUUCAGACAUUAGUCUUCAUUCUUGAAGAUGACGUGUAAAUUCUGCACAAAUUACAAAUGGAACAAACAGAAGGUUGUUUUGACAUUUCAACUUCCACUGUGAUGUUUAAUGCCAAAAAGACACACUUCAGCUUUACAUAAAGGGAUUUAUUACCUUUUAUUCAGACAGACCCAGCUAACAAAAAUACGUUCCAUGAAUGUUUUGCUAACAUGCUAACGUUCACAUUAAAUUAUAAAAAAAAAAAAAAAAAAAAAAAAA